AUGGAAGCGUUAGGGUCAUCAGGAGAGGAUUUACAAGGAGAAGAUGGCUUUAUCUCUCAAACGCAAGAUGUACACGAAGAGGAUAAAACAGACUUACAAAGUUUUGCUGAGACGCCGAACCCACCCGAAGUCAGACCCAAUCACGUCUCGUUUAUGCUUGACGAAAACAAACUUGACGCGAGGCUAUCGACGUCUCCUGAGGAGUUGCUGUACGACUCCUGCGGACGCGCUACAGCCGAAGGCACUACUUCACAGGACACAUUAGUUCUAGAUCAGCGGGCGUUAGAUGAGCGCGAAAGCUCGUUUCAACAGCUGGAACACAAUGAAGGCGAUAAUUCACCGGGCAUUCAAAAUGAAGAGGCUAGCGGGCUUCAGCAAAACCUUGAUACAGCACCUUUGGGGGGGUUACAGCACGCUCGAGGCCUUUCAGAGGCUAUGACGCUUUUGUCUACGACCGCUCAAGAGCUGGAGGGAAGGGUGAACGUUCUUCUCUCUCAGCACGAAGAGGAGUUCUUUAGUGCAUUUCGCGCGCACAUGACAAAAGUACAAAAGCAUGUACAGUAUCUCCAAGAGUGUGCAGAUGAACAGAAAAACCUGUUGGAGAGGGACUUAAAGAUCAGGACGCUCCAGCAGGAACUAGAAUGGUUCGUGAAAGAAGCUGUCAGGCUCGAUCAGAAAGCCUUCAGUUCUUGCUGCAUCCUCGGUGAAUUCACCGCUUACUUCACGGUAUUCCAGGUAGCGAAGAGGGCACUCCCCGCCAGCAGUGGCAUCCAUUACUCGCUAAUGCCUGAAGGAAUUGUGGCACCUUCCACAAAAGUUUGA